AUGAACAUUAACUACUCUAUGACACCAACACCUAAAGAAAAAGAAGAAAUCAUUCACAACGACGCGGAAGCAGAAUAUCAACUUGUCUAUAGUAAUGUGUUGCCAAUCUCACGAAACUAUUGCCACAGUAAAUGCGUAAUUGGUGGGGGAUAUUACAGAGUCUAUAUAUCAGUUGUGAUGGUCUUGGUACCUACGAUAUUUCACUGGAUUGCGUCUGUGAGGUGGCUUAUAGUCGAUUAUAACAUUGCGUGGUUUAUCCCAUCACUCUUUUUCUUCUGUACAAUUGUUCUCCUGGAUAUCUUCACGACGAACGCGAACCCGGGAAUAAUCCCUCGAAAGAUCAGAAUGAUUGGAAUUACCCCCCAACGGUGCAAAACAUGUGACGAAAACGUGCAACUCCAAAAUGCAGAGUAUGUAACGAGGAAAUACUGCGUCACAUGUUUAAUAGUCAGACCAUUAAGAAGUUCUCACUGCUCAUAUUGUAACAAUUGUGUUGACAAAUUUGAUCAUCAUUGCCCUUGGUUGGGGAAUUGUGUGGGGCGGAGGAAUUACAGGUCGUACUUCUUCCUUCUCUUUUGGAGUGUAAUGUAUUUGGCGUAUAUCAUGGUGUGUUCUUUGGCGGGACUUUUAGUUCCAAUUGAAAAGCCAUGGAGCUGGAAGGCGUUUUUGAAGUCUUGGAAAUCGCACUACUUCUUAGAACCCUUCAUUUUCCUCUAUUGCUUCGUCUGUUUUGGUUUAAUUGGCUAUUUGUUCACUCGACACGUCAUCCAAAUAUCCUUUGGUCAAACAACAAACGAGAAAAGAAAGAAACUCCGCGCUUACGACAUGGGUUUUAUUAAAAAUUGGACGGACUUCUUGUUCAGUCCAAUUCCACCACCAUUUCCACUCCUUAGGUCAAAACCAAAGAAAACAAAACAAGCAAAAAUGAUUCAAGAAUACAUGCCACUCCAAAUUGAACUUCAAACACCUCCAAACGGCAUCGAUGUUAAAAUAGAAAAAUGA